AUGAUAUUGAUAAAUGGUAUAAUUGAGUACGACCAUAAACUAACAUCACUUCCAAGAUUUUUGUUAAUUCAACAAAUUGCACCGAAGAAAAGUUAUUGGAAUACAAUCUUAAUUUUCACAUUAAUUUAUUAUAUUACAUUGACAAUAGUGCUUCUCAUCAUAUGGCCACCAAUGACUUUUAACAUAACUAUUAUUGGUUUGUAUUUUAUUCGGUUAGAAUUCAUCGUGGAUGUUACAGUUAUUUAUGCCUCAUAUUUUUUCCUACAACAAUUAGAGUAUAGAUUCCAAAUGUUGAAUGAUUCCUGGAAAUAUCUUCUCCCUGGAUUUCUAGCAGUUCCUAGAGAAUUGACACAUUCCAUAACAGAAAUGACGCUGGAUAAAAUACGGUUGUUACACGCAGAACUUUCGGACUUAUUGAGAUUAUUCAGUGUGGGUUACGGAAAAAUACUAUUAGGCUUCUUUGUAUUUAGUUAUAUUCAUAUGAUAAGUUGUUUUUUUUAUACUAUUCAUUUUGAUUUUAAGUUAAGGGAUGAAUUUCUCUUUAUAAAUUUUCUAAGAAAUUUCGCUCCUCACAUUUUCAACCUACAAAAUUUCUUAUUGGUCGUAGCCAUUACCAUCGCUGCAUCACAUGUUCAUGAAAAGAAACAGAAGAUGAUUUCACAUUUACGAUUAAUCAGGAUUUCAAAUUUAUCGACAAACCUAAAAAUUCAAGUUAAAUUGUUUAUGAACCAAAUAACAAUUUUUGAAUCAAGUGAAAUUACUGCUUUUGGAUUCUUUAGUAUAAAUUUAAAUCUUGUUGUAUCAAUACUAAUAUUACUUAUUACUGGUUUAGUAACAUUAAUACAAAUGAAGAAACAUCAAGUUUCAUUACAAACAAAACUAAGUUUAAAGAAUUUCCUACUAAAUGCUUAUAACGUAACAUCGAUCUAA